AUGCAUUCUUUUUUUAAAUACACUUGUUACCUAUUGGUAAUUUCGUGCUAUUUGCACGUUGCUACAGCUACAGGGCAAUGUACAAGCCCAAAACCGUCGGUAUUUUGUUUCGGUUCCCGCAUUAAUAGCGGUUCGGAUGUUAUCAAAGAAGCUGACAAAGAUAAAGAUGGAAAACUCAAUGAAAAAGAGGCGUUAGACUAUCUCGGAAAAACAACUAAUAUCAAAUGGGCAGAUGGAACACUCAAAUUAGAAAUCAAAUCGAUAGAUAAAAAUCACGAUGGAUACGUGACUGCAGAAGAAAUCGAUUUUCCUGUUUCCACUUCACCUCAACCGUCCGGCGGCAGAACUCCGAGUGAUAUUGUGAAACAAGGUGACAAAAACCACGAUGGAAAACUCGAUUAUGCCGAAGCACAACAAGCUUUUCCCGUCGUACUCCCAUACAGAUUGUCAGCUGAAGCAAUUGAAAAUGAAAUCAAGGCGUUGGAUAGAAAUCACGAUGGAUAUGUGGUAGCGGAAGAAUUCGAUAAUGAUUCACAAGCGACUACUCCAAAACCAUCAAAACCAUAA